AUGCCUAAAUUCUUAUCUUGUUUGCCUACCAAACGAGAUCUAUCCGAUGAAUCUCUUCUAGCUGAGAAUGGGAAUACCAAGGUGAUAAAAGGUUGUACAUUCUGUGAUGUAUCUGUAGAAAAGGGAUUUGGUGUGAUUCAUGAGGAUGACGGUUUGAUCGCAUUUCAUGAUCGUACACCUCGAGCAACCAUACAUCUCCUGAUCAUUCCUAGAUUACAUGAAGUGUCUUCUGUGAGGCAGUUGACAAAGGCACAUCUUCCACUUGUUCGCUCAAUGAUCAAUGUCGCUCAUUCACUUGUACCGGAAUCACCACCUCCCAAAAUGGGAUUCCACAUCCCGCCUUUCUCUUCAGUCCCUCAUUUACAUCUACAUGUCUUCUCAGGUGAACACACGUUCAUUGGUAAAUUGAAAUAUCCUAUCACGGGGAACAGACGACAAAGUGAAAAAGGAUUAGGUUGGUUCGUUACUGCUGAACAAGUCGAACAUACUUUACAAAAUGGAAGAACAGUUGGUCUUGGUAGAGGAUCAUCAUAA